GAAGGAGCGGAAACGUUGUUCUUGAAAUAUGACGGAGCGAAUGUGAAUGAGAGCCAGAGAACACAGCAGCUACAGUUACGAAUGUCGCUUUGGCACGACGUGGUGUCCGGCUUCAAUAGCUAUUUCCAUGGGCAAGUGCGCAUUGCUGUUGGCGAUGACACUGAGAAACAGGAAACAAGCGGACCUCACUGUUCAUUUUAA